AUGGCAGAUCUUCAAAUCCAUGCAAAUUUAGCUAUAGCAGCAGCAGCCGUUUUCAUACCUGUUUGUUCUGCUACAGUGGGACUGAGAAUCUAUGCUAGAUAUUUGAAGAAGGUGGGUUUGGGAGCUGAUGAUUAUUUGAUUAUGGGUGCUUUGGUCUUUGUGAUUGGGAUGGGCGUCGCUAUUAUGGCUGAGGUCGGUCUUAAACAACUCGGAUAUCCAGCACCAGCCCCAUCAACUCGAAUCGGAAAACCAGAUUCAAACAUCGCAUUCUGGCCCGGCGAGCUCCUCCAAAUCCCCGCCCUCGGCCUCGUCAAACUCUCCCUCAUCCUCUUCUACCGGCGCGUCUUCACACGCAACGCCGCCCCCCGCUUCAACAUCGUCACUUGGUUCAUGAUCAUCAUAAUUCUCAUCUGGACACUCUCCUUUUUCUUCUCCAUCCUCUUUAUCUGUGGCUUGGAUUUUUCCGCUUAUUGGACUAGUACGAUUGUGGAGAAGGCGCAUUGUGUGGAUACGGAUCGCUUGCAUAAUGCGUUUGCUAUUAGUGAUGUUGUGACGGAUUUUGUUAUUAUUUGUUUGCCGGUGCCGAUGAUCUUCGGUCUCCAUCUAACCGUCGCCCGUAAAAUAGGUAUUCUAGCCAUCUUUUCCCUAGGAGCUCUCACCAUCGCCGCCUCAAUCGUCCGAAUGAUAGUAUUUAUCCAAGCCACCGCCGUAAACUACGAUCCGCACGCCGAUUUUGAAUUCAUCUGCACAUCCGGCCUCUACUGGUCCAUGAUCGAAUCCGGCCUCGGAAUAAUCGCCGCCUGUCUCCCCGCCCAAUAUGGUCUUCUCAACACCAAGGGCGUACAAUCCCUCGUCGCGAGCGUCCAAUCCGCCAUUUCACUCCGCUCAAUCAGAAGUUCUUCUCAACAUCCCAGUUUGGAGAAUGGGAAUGCAAAUGGUGAGAGAAUCGGAAAUGGAAAUGGGAAUGGAAAUGGAGAGAGAAAUAUAUUUGGGCAAUAUACGGGAAUGCAAUAUAUGCAUCGAGAAACGAAGGGGGAACCGUGGAUUAUGGGUCAUGCACAUGGACAUAGGGGUGUUGAUGGAAGUAGAAGUGUGAAUGGAAGCGAGACGCAGCAUAUUACUGCGCAUGCGGAGGGACCGGCGAGGUAUGAGAGGGAGGGGGAAUUAGAGGAGGGGAUGGGGAUGGGGGAGGGGGAAUUUAAUGGGAAGGGCGGGAUCGUUGUUACGAAUAGUUUUGAGAGUAGAGAGGUGUUGGCGUAG